AGAAAACCACUUGAGUUGUUCUUGGCUGGGACAUUGUGGCCACAAACGCGUCUCUAACAAAGACCCUAGACAGUCGUUAGCAGCUCACUCUGCAGGAGAACACCUGCCUGCUCUCCGGGGGGCUGAGUCCCUGUCCAAGUAAGACAGCAAGCGUGGGCAAUGUGGCUUCCACUUUGGGGAUGCAGAUCCAGUUGGUUUGGGAGAAAAGGAAGAGGAGGAGAGCGGAGGGUGAGGAACAAGAAGUCAGUGAGGAGUGUCCCCUGCUGCCUGCCCGCUGCCGUCAUGCUGAUCGCGGGCCUGCCACCCACCCUCUGUGCCGCAGGGCUCCUCCAACUUCUCUCCGCCGCGGGCAGCAUCUUCGACUCUGCCCGGCAGCUGAUGAGCAAUGGCAAGAACUUCUCGAGGGUGGAGGUGGAGCUGAGCUGGUCUGAGGCCCUGCAGCACUGCCGGCUGCACCACACGGACCUGGCCGAUCUGCAGAGCAUGAACAGCGUGAGCAGCAUGAGGACCCUCUACUCCCUCACGAGCAGCACCGAGGCGUGGAUCGGCCUCUUCUUCAACACGCGCCUUCGUGGCCUGAGCUGGUCCAGCGGGUCCACCUUCACGGCCCCGGUGUGGAGCUCGCUGCCCGUCUUCCAGGAGGGGGUCUGUGCCACCCUCUACUCCAUCUCCAUUUUCCCCAGCCUGGGGGCCAGCUCGUGCACAGAGCGGAAGCCCUUCAUCUGCUACUACGACCCUGCUGUGGGGCACCGCAUCUUCACGGAGCCUGCUCCCAGCCUGACCACCUCUCCAAAGCCAGGUGCACACCUAGGAGCUUUGCCUUCCUUUUGACUUGUCCACCUGGACCAGCCGGCAGCGUCAUCCACCUGCGGCCCAUCUGCUCCC